AUGGAACUUCAGUUCCAAAAUAGAGGUGCCAAUAGUACUGCUAAUUCCUACAGAUCAAGAAAUAGGGGUUCUAACAAGAACAAGUUUGUCGGGGUGAGGCAAAGGCCUUCGGGCAAAUGGGUCGCAGAAAUCAAGAACACAACUCAGAAGAUCAGAAUGUGGCUUGGGACAUUCGACACUGCUGAAGAGGCUGCUCAGGCUUACGAUGAAGCUGCUUGCCUUCUUCGUGGUACAAAUACGCGAACCAAUUUCUUGAAUAACGCCCCUUCCAAUCCAGCCCUCUCUUUGAAAAUCCGAAACCUUCUUAAUCAAAAGAGAGGCCUAAAUAAAACCACACCUCCAAUUCUUGCUUCCAAAAAUAGUACUACCAGAAAAAAUAUUAACGUUGAAACCUGUCCAAAAACUAUUUCUAGUACCAAAACUAGUUCUCAAUAUUGUACUAGUGUCAGUUUUAAUAAUUCUCAAACUAGUUCUCCAGCUUGUGUGUCCAAUCCGGACAUUUUUGAGGAUGCGUAUAAGCCGGAUUUGAGCUGUUUCACGGGAGGAUACAAAAUGUGCUUCCCUACUUCUUCUGAUUAUUACGAUCAGUCUUCUGCUUUUUUGAUGGAUUUUGAUAAGAUUAAUCCAUUUGGUUUUGAGGCACAAAAAAGAGUUGGCGAGACGGUGAAUGAUGAGCAAUUUCCUGAUUUUGAACGUAUGAAGGUCGAAAGACAGAUUUCAGCUUCACUUUACGCAAUGAAUGGGAUUAGUGAAUACUGGGAUAACAUCCAUGAUUCAAAUGAUCCUUUGUGGGAUAUUUCCAUGCUCAGCCAAAUGUACUGCUCCACUCAGUUUCAAUUAUUGGUGACCGUUCAAUUCUCAAUUAAAUCAGGUGUCGGCUUACGAAUUGUGUCAGAAAGAAACUGGUUUUAUAUUUCUCCGAGUGCACAGAAAGCUUGCAAUUUGAAAGAUGUCUAA